UGGAGCCCGUAGAGUCCACCUUGGUUCUGUCCAAACAGUUGCAGCGCUGCUGGAGCCGCUCGGUGCUAAACUGAUUCAUGUUGUUUUUUAGCGGCCCGUCCCUUUAAACUAGACUACUUCAUCGAAGAAUGAGCGAUAACGAUGAUAUCGAAGUCGACAGUGACGAAGAAUCACCGAGAUAUCACUCUGUGGCAGACAAACGGGCACACCACAAUGCACUGGAGCGCAAACGCAGGGACCACAUCAAGGACAGCUUCCACAGCCUGCGCGACUCUGUGCCCGCGCUGCAGGGCGAGAAGUAUGGGUGCGAUAAACUUUGCCAACAUGUGGUGUGUAUCCCCCAGGCGUCUCGAGCUCAGAUCUUAGACAAAGCCACAGAGUACAUCCAGUACAUGAGGCGGAAAAACCACACACACCAGCAGGACAUCGAUGACCUCAAACGCCAGAACGCCCUGCUGGAGCAACAAGUGCGCGCUCUGGAGAAGGUGAAGGGCUCCACACAGCUCCAGUCCAACUACUCCUCGGACAGCAGCCUGUACACAAACCCCAAAGGCAGCGCUGUAUCCGCCUUCGACGGGGGCUCCGACUCCAGCUCCGAGUCUGAGCACGAAGAACCACCCACCAGGAAGAAGCUGCGUGCCGAGGCCAGCUAAGGGCGGCUACACACAUCCCCAGAACCUCCAUAGGGGGCGCUGCCGGCUGGAGAGGUCCCUACGACAACAAAACCAACCCUUCCGUCUCUCCUCUCCGAGCUGUUUCAAACUGGAGACCACACAAUCACAAGGAGAGGAGGGUUGGUCCACAGAAACAUCUAGAAAGCUUCAGGUUAACCCUCUCUUUGUACACCCCCAACCCGUUUUCGGUUUUCUGAGCGUUAACGAUUCAAAACCCCAAAAAGAGGCAGCUUGGCUCACACUUCAAGGACUCCAGCCCCCCUCCCGGGCUGUUUUUAGGGGAGGACAAGGCUCGCCAGGCGGACUCCUCCAAGCACUGCUAUGUUAUUAUUAUUAUUAUUUUGUUUGUGUUUAUUAUUUUUGUUAUUCUUGAUAUGAAAAAAAUCUGUUUAGAAUUUACACACACACACACCGAGAUCGAUCGUCCUGAAGUUUACCUUUUUAAAUUUGAAAAAAAAUAUCUUUGUAGCUUGCUUUUUUCCACUAAAAGAAUGUGAAACUAAUGUAUAAGUGAUGACCCCACCUCAGGCCCGCUGGUUUAUUGAACACAGAAAUCUGAUUUCUUAAAUUUGAUGUGUUGAAGGAGCUUAUUCCUAAACUUGUAAUGUAUUUCGUCCAUUAGCUUGAAGUAGUGAAUGACUUUAGGUGGCUGAAAAAAAAAAGGCAUCUCAUUUUAUAUAUUCUAAAAGCAUUGAUUGGAUGUUUUCGAGUUCCAAAGUAUGUUAUGCAUUUUGUAGUACCUCACAAGUCCUGGGAAAAUGCAGAUUGUCACUUGUAGUUCUUGUACGGUAUAAAAUAGGUAUAUGAAUGUCUGAGGAAGCCCAGAGUCCCUGUCCGUGUUGUGCUUUACACCGUGAACCCCCCGAGGAAACAGGAAGCCUUUGAGUGUCUAGGAAACGUGUGUGUAUGUAUAUUGUUUGAUUUGAUUUGCAUUUAGGAGGAUACCAGUAGAGUCAAAGGUCUCUGUUUGUCCAUUCCAUGGAAAUUACAAGUAUGUUGUACAUACUGCCAGCAAAUGUCUUGCAAGUUGAGGCCUACCUUUACUAUGAGACUAUAAAAUAAACUAUUUUAUCCUGUAA